AUGGCCUCUAAGCAGGUUACUGUGAAGGGCAGGGGGGGAAAGCGGAAACAGGUGGUGCUGACCGUGAAGGAGAAGAUUGACGUCUACACACGCCUGAAGCAGGGUGAGAGCAGGAAGGCGCUAAUGCAGGAGUACAACGUGGGCAUGAGCACCCUGUACGACUUCAAGGCCCACAAGGCCCAGCUGCUCUGGUUCUUCGCCAAUUCUGACUCCAACCAGGUGCUGGAGCAGUGGUGCACACUCCACACACCCAAGCUUGAGCACCUGGACCAGGUGCUGUAUGAGUGGUCUGGUAAAGCAGGCGAGGGUGUCCCUGUGUCGGGCCCCAUGCUCACUGAGAAGGUCAAGGACUUCUAUGAGCAGAUGUGGCUGACUGAGCCCUGCAUGUUUUCUGGAGGGUGGCUUUGGCACUUUAAGGCCAGGCAUGGCCUUAAAAAGCUAGACACAUCCAGUGAGAAGCAGGUAGCUGACCACCAGGUGGCUGAGCAGUUCUGUGGCUUCUUCAGGAGCUUGACCACUAAGCAUAAGCUGUCUCCUGAGCAGGUUUACAGUGCCGAUGAGACUGGCCUCUUCUGGUGGUGCUUGCCAAAUCCCAGCCCAGAUGGUGGGGCAGUGCCCGGCCUUAAGCAGGGUAAGGACAGACUAACCGUCCUGAUGUGCGCCAAUGCCACAGGUUUCCAUAGAAUCAAGCCCUUGGCCAUCAGGAAGUGUCUCAGUCCCAGGGCUUUCACAGGCAUCCAACACCUGCCCAUGGCCUACAAGGCCCACGGUAAUGCCUGGGUGGACAAGGAGAUCUUCUCAGAUUGGUUUCAUGGCAUCUUCCCCUCUGUGAGAGAACACUUUAGAACAAUAGGUUUUCCCAAAGACAGCAAGGUCAUUCUGUUGCUGGACAACUCCCGGGCCCACCCCCAGGAGUCUGAGUUGGCGUCUGAUGACAUUUUCACAAUCUUCUUGCCUGCCAGUGUGACGUUGUUGAUUCAGCCCAUAGAGCAGGGCAUCCGAAGAGACUUCAUGAGGCACUUUAUCAACCCUCCUGUGAGCCUGCAGGGCUUCCCCGCGUACAACAUGAACGAUGCCAUACUCAGCGUGGCCUGUGCCUGGAACACCGUACCCAGCCACAUCUUCAGGAAGGCCUGGAGGAAGCUGUGGCCAGUGGUCAUGUUUGCCAGAGGCUCUUCUGAGAGCAAGGAGGAAGAGGAGGCCGAGCGCUGCAGCACCAAACUGCACAAGACCUUCGCUCACAUCCUCGGGCUUGCAAGAGAGGGCCUCUUCUGCCCGGGCCACAGGCAUCUGCCCGGCACAGGGAGGGCAGUAAAGGAGGCACCCGCUGCUUCCCUGCUGGCUGAGGCUGACGGGGAUGCAGACCAGGUGGAGAAAGUGGCUGGGGAGGACGCUGUGUCCCAGGUGGCCUGGGAGCAGGCAGUCACAGCCUUCGAGGCGCUCCAGCACUUCGUGGAGCAGCAGCCCUGCUUCAGCUUGCAGGAGGUGGGGCAGCUGCACGCGCUGCACUCUGACUUCAGGAGGCAGCUACAGCCGAGUGCCACAGUGAAGCUUGAGGACCUCCAGGAUCGCCCUGGUGGGUGCAGGGCCACAGCCCACCCCACGUUGCCCUGCUCAUCCACAGUCGGUGAUAACUGA